AUGUCAAGGAUACCGCCCCCCGAAGUCAUCGCUUCAUGGCCCGAGCCAAACUAUAGCAAUCCCGCGAACAGAGGUCACUAUCUAAUCGCCGUCGAGGUUGUGUUAUUCUUCUUGACAGCAGUAGUGGUUGUGGGAAGGAUAUACACAAGGCGGUGGUUGAUAAGGAGCUUUGGGAUUGAUGAUUGGUUGAUUAUUCCUGCUAGUAUAUUUUGUUUUGCUCUUACAAUUUCUACAUGUCUUGCUACGACUGCCGGCUACGGCUUACACAUCUACGACGUCCCUCAUCACCUACGAACAAAAUCUCUUGAAUAUGCAUGGGCAAACAUGCUUAUCUAUUGCGUUACCGUAACGCUCACAAAACUUUCGAUCCUUAUGUUUUACCUACGACUCUUUCCCUCUGGGUUUUUUCGAAAACUUACCUAUGUCACUAUUUUCCUUGUCAUCGCCUCCGGGGUGAUAUACUUUGUCAUGGUUAUAUUUUAUUGUGUUCCGAUAAGAGCUUAUUGGCAGCCAUUUGACUUGCCUGAUGCGAAAUGUCUCAGCGAUGGGUAUGCUUUGGUUAGUAAUGCGGCUGUCAAUAUUGCUCUGGAUUCUUGGUUGUGGAUUAUGCCGCUGCCGGUUGUGUGCAAAGUGCAUUUACCGACGAGGCAACGGCUGGGGUUGAUUGGUGUCUUCGCACUCGGGUUCUUUGUCUGUAUAGCCGGCGCUCUUCGUCUAUACUAUGUCGCCAUAACAGCAUACAGUUACGACAAAACAUGGGAUGGAUUUAACGCCUGGAUUUGGACGGCAUUGGAGUCCGACGUCGGAAUUAUCUGUGCUUCGUUACCAGCUCUGAAGCCACUGGUUACUAAGCUUACGAAAUUCAAAUUCUCAGAAGCAACGCCUAGUGUUUACGGGCUUGAGCACUCCAGGACCAAGAAUUUGGGUAAUAGAAAAAGUGGUGGCGGCGGAAUACGAUUACCAAGUCGAACUGCGUCAAGAAAUUUGGGUUCUCGGAACCAAUUAACACAGUUGGAGAGCAUUUGGGAUGGAAGUGAUGAGGUUAUCUGUGAAACAGAGAUAACAGGAGGUGUUGCGGAUGGGAAAAAGGAGAAACAACAUCAACAGGCGGAAAUAUAUCAGAUGUCUACGAUAGUGUUUUCUGGGGAUCCGGAUGGAAAACUGGCGGCGGCGAGGAAAAGUUAUUUCUUUGAAAGGGCGUUAUUGAAUUCUAAAGAGAAUUUAACGGUUCAUGUUCGACCAUUUGCAGGUGGUGAUGAGGAUGGACAUAGUCACAGUAGCGGUUCAAGUAAGGACCUUGAAGAAGGAAGGAGGAGUGAUGAGAAUUUCAACCACAAUGUCAGUUGGAAGUACUGCUGGGAGAUUAUGAGGACAACAGAAAUAGAGAUAAGAGAGGAUCAUAAUAGUUUUGAGGAAGUUAGGAAUUUAUCGACCGAGUCCUUAGCUAUAGGCAGGGCGGUUGAGGUUUGA